CGGAAUACACCUUUACAGGACUUUUAGUGCAACACGCUUUUCAGUAGCAAAUUGUUCGUUGCUUCACAGCUCGGCUCUCCGGCUUCUUGUUCUCCACAUUUCCGUUGAAGCGUUCCUUCCAUAUCCGUUCCAACCGCUCUCCGUGUGCUCGACGAAAUGCCUUUGCAAUGGUUUCCCUCGUCAGGACCCCAACACAUUUUUUUCUUGCCCUGAAAAUGGAUUCUUCGUUCAGUCCCGUUCCGCUGAAACUCCGCGGCCUGAAACUCAGCUGUCCUAUACUAACAAGCUUUUCGGGGACGAAAAGGAAGGGGAUUUAUGGGUUUCUUGAUCCGAGAAGGCGCGGGAGGGGGUGGAGGAGGGAGGUAAGUGAUUCUUGUUGGUGUUAUGGAGGUUCGGCGAGUACUGCAGGGGACGCCGAGCUGGAGGCCAGAAUCUUGGAGUUCAUGCAGAAUUCCAAGAAGCCAGGGUCGUUCCCAACUAGGAAAGAGCUGGAGGAUGCGGGCAGGUUUGAUUUGGUUGAGGAUAUUAAGCGGAGAGGCGGGUGGUUUUCCCUUGGUUGGGAUUCUGAUAAUGAUGGUAACAAUGAGGGGUUUGAUAUUGAUUUCGAUAUGGAGGAGUUUGCAAGAAGGGUAGAUAUUUGUCGACAUAGUGGAGCUUUUGUCGACAUUGAAGUAGACUCUCUUGGUUCUAACGUUUCUUCUGAAAGCCUAUCUUCUUCUGGUAGAUCAUUAGAAGCAGAAGCAGAGGAAGAGAGUGGAAUUGAGGGCAUAUUGAGACGAUUAGAGAAACAUAGACAAUCAACUUUCAGUAUCUGUCCGGAAAAAUCUGGGAAUGGAAAAUGGCCAUUAAGCAAGACUGGCAGGGAUGAUAUGGAUAUGAUGACCACUGAUGUGGGAAGUAGUAAUCUAAAAGACACCGACACAUUUGUAUCAGAUUCAUGGAGAACUUGGAGUACUCGGCGUGCUGGAUUUCACGACUCUGAAUUUGAUCGUAUUUCUUUUCUACUCCUUACUUAGCUAAUUAUUAUCUUUUGUAACCUGAUAUGAAUAUCUAAAGCAGUAUUUUCUCCUCUCUUUUUUAUUUAUUUUGUUCAAUGUGCUUACUGCUUCAACAUGCAGCCGAUGAGAUUAAUUUUGGUCAUAGAAAUAAUGACGAUACAGCUGUUGUAAUUGAAAAAAGUGUAGAAGAUUUACAGAGACAGAACGGUGUCACUCAAAAUGACAUAAGAGCUUCCCUUAGAAACCUAAAAGUUGAGCUUAAUUCAGCACUUGAGUUCAUGAAAUUCAAGAACCAGGAGUUCAGUUCAAACGAGGAUAUGAGAGGUUCUCACAGUGAUCUGGAAAAGCUUUCAGAUGCAUUGGAGUUCAAUGAAAAUCAAUUCAUGUAUGCCCAGAAUAUAUUGCGCUCAAUACGUGCAAAGCUAAAUGUACUAGAAGGGAAAAUGACUUUGUCAGUUAGUGAUGCACAAAAGAUGAUGGAAAAGAAACAGAGUAGAAUUGAUGGCUUUCAUAUAGCCAUGCAGCUUCUGCGUACUGUCCAUAUUGUCUGGCCUAAUUCUGCCUCAGAAGUUCUUGUAGCAGGGUCUUUUGACAGCUGGACAUCUAAGAGAAAGAUGGAGAAAUCAAGUUCUGGCAUUUUUUCGUUGACAUUGAUGUUGUAUCCUGGCAGAUACGAGAUUAAGUUCAUUGUAGAUGGGAAAUGGAGAGUUGAUCCUUUACGCCCUAUCGUUCACAACCAUGGACAUGAAAACAAUCUCCUUUUUAUCACGUGAACCCUGCAUGUGCAUUGGAGGGUGUUUUUUUUCUGAGGACUUAGACAGAGUGUAUCCAACUUUCACUCUGCAAUUUCGUCAUAUAGUCUUUCUUAGGUGAUGUGAAGCAAACAUGUUAACUGUUGACGAGCUGAUUUAAUAACAUUCUUUCUGUACAUAUGUAUAUACUACUAGGAUAGAGGCUUCAGGCACUGAAGUCCUUAGUCACGGUCACACGGAGUAGUUUCAAGAUUAAUAGCUGUUGUAUGGGAACAUUGCCUGCUGGUAUAGUGUGUCUUCUCGUGUAUGUACAUUUUAGUAGAAGAGGUGUGAAAUUUCUGAUUCAUCUAGUAAACUAUAUUGUAUUACAUUUUGAAGGCCUCUAGCUCAGAGUAGAUGAGACUAACAUGCAACUCAUGAAUAUUUAUUUACUUC